AUGCCAAAAAAUCUUAUUGAAACAUGUUUGAAAAUUGACGAAAAUUUUCGAAAACCCGAUGAUAUCGGCCUUAUAUGGGAAGGCAAUUAUUGGGAUGAUCAUGACGUUCAUGAUUGCUGUGAAAUCGAUUGGGAGACCAUCGAGAUUUUGGUUCGAAAAAUUGGAAAAGCUAUCGAAAAUUGCAUUAUUAAUGACGAACAUGGUAAGAAUAUUGUGGUGGCGGUUCCGAAAAUAAUGCAGCUUCCACUGAUAAUUAUGGCGUGCUAUAAAAUCGGAAUGGUCCCAGUUAUUGUGGAUCCUACUAUAAAACGCUUUCCGAUGGAGAUUCCCGUCUCCUUGGUCAUCACCGUCGACGCAUUUUGGCAAGCUCAAGACCUGAUAAUAGUCAAGAAAGGUCUCGAAGCGAUUUUUGAGAAUAUUCCAUUCUUGGUGCUUCGCCACGUGGCACCGAACCCUGGCGUUCCGCCGCCGAAAAAACAUCUUCCGGCAAGAAGGCCCUACUAUAAAACGACGCUCGAAAUGCGCGACGUGUUCGACUUCGAAUGGACCGACGUGAUGUCAGCAAUCGAUCGAAACGUGAAGCUCGCCGAUCACAGAUGGUCGGACGACGAGACGGUGGCGAUUCUGCUCAAUCCCCGCAGCUCGACAAAGGUUCGUCAUUCGGAGCUCGUCGAAGCACUUGAUCGUAAGUUGAGCAACUUCGAAAACCUAUUGCGAGUCGAUCUCAACAUCGAGAAUCUCAUGAUCCUUGAUCCAUUGGAUUGUUUGGACAAUCUCGCCAAUUUUUUACUUCCAUGGGCGUUGUCGAAAUCGUUGACCAUCUAUGAAGGUCCCUUGGAUUAUCCGGACUCUUCGCGGCUUGCGCAAAUCAUUGAAAAGCAUAAUGUGGAUGUUUUAAUUGGAUCAAAAGCGGAUUACAAGAUUCCAAAUCCAGAAUAUCUUAAUUUCUUUCCAACAGACAAGUUGAAGAUCCUAAUAACCCCAUGCGAAUUGCUCAAGGAGAAGCUUCAAGUGGAUAAUAAUGCGGAAACGAUCUGA